AUGCUUUGGAAUAAAGCUAAAAAAGAAACAUGUGGCACAAGCAUCUCAUAUCCACCCUUCGAUCGUCUCAACGUCAUCAAGUUGUUGAAUCCUACGGUUAAAAACAAAGCUAGCACAGUCAUAGAGAUCAACAAACAAAGCAACCACAAAAUUUAUGCAGCUUUAGAUCAACAAUCUCUCGGUGUCUCUCCCCUAUGGAAUGGUAGAUUUGAGUUGAAGAGUUUCCACAUUGGUAAGUUCUUGCUCGCAGUAGAUCUCCUGGUUUCUAGGGUUUCUUUUUUUGAUAACUGUGCGUUUCAACACGAACAAGUGUUUUAG